AUGGCUGCCUUUGUACCACCUGCCCUGCGUUCCUCUCCUCCAUCCCCUCCUAGCACCUCGAAAGCUUCCCCCAACCUCACGCCUGAUAGCUCCAUGGCUCCAGCCGCAACGAAUGGAAUCAUCACCCCUCCACCAGAACCCUCCACCACUCCCAUCUCAACGGUAGAACUCUGCAUUGCUCAUUACAAUGAGGAUCUGUCUUGGUUGUCACCAUUUUCCGCCAACUGCUCGAUAUACUCGAAAGGCAAACAACCAGCAGAGACAUCCAUAUACGCAAGGUUCAAACACCUGCCAAACAUCGGUCGCGAGACACAUACCUAUCUUACGCACAUAACCCAGAACUACGACUCGUUGGCGCACGUAACUCUGUUCCUACAAGGCAACAUCCACGACAUCAAUCAAGGCACACCCGCCCACACCGACCUCACCCUCGCCGAACUGGUCUCCGCCGCCCUCCGACUCUCCCCCGGCGCCGUCCUCCCCGUCGGCGUCUCCGCCACCUUCUCCGACUUCGACGGCAUCCAGUACAAGCACGACUGGAUCCGGCGACGCGGCCACGCCCUCACACGCGCCAAGCUCACGCCCCGCGACUUCUGGUCCUGGAUGUUCGCCGGCACCGCGGACGAAAAGGUGCCGAUGACCGAGGUGCGCUUUGUGCAAGGGGCGUGCUAUGCGGUGACCAAGGAGGCGGUGCAUCGGCGCCCCAGGGAGUGGUGGGGCAGGCUGCUGAGGUAUUUUGAAGAGUUGGCGGAGACGAACCCGGAGGAGGGGCAUUAUAUGGAGAGGAUGUGGUAUGCGAUUUUCGCGCCGGAUGUGGCUGUUGUGGUGCAGCGGCGGGAGGGGGAAGGGAAUGGUGGGAGAGGAGGGGACCGAGACGGUGCGAGCGAGUAG